GAGACCUACGAGAGACCCAAAGACGGCAUGAUGUGGGACUGCACGUGUAUCGGCUCUGGUCGGGGGAAGAUCAGCUGCACCAUAGCAAAUCGCUGCCAUGAAGGUGGGAGGUCCUACAAGAUCGGGGACACGUGGCAGAGACCACAUGACACUGAGGACUACAUGCUGGAGUGUGUGUGUCUGGGGAAUGGCAAGGGAGAGUGGACCUGCAAGCCCGUAGCUGAGCGUUGCUACGACAACAACGCAGCAUCAUCAUACGUGGUGGGAGAGACCUGGGAGAAACCCUACCAAGGCUGGAUGAUGCUAGACUGCACUUGUCUCGGAGAGGGAAAUGGGCGUAUCACCUGCACCUCAAGGAACCGCUGCAAUGACCAGGAAACCAAAAAGUCCUACCGCAUCGGUGACACAUGGUCCAAGACUGACACCAACGGGAACGCCCUGCAGUGUUUGUGUUUGGGAAACGGUCGCGGCGAGUGGAAGUGCGACCGCCACAGCUCCGGCCAGGGCACAGGUUCUGUGGUGGUGACCCACCUCCAACCUCAACCGCAGCCCGAGCUUACUAUCGAAGGAACCUGCCGCACCGACUCUGGAGCCACCUACUUUGACGGACAGCGCUGGAUCCGAAACCAGGGCAGCACGCAGAUGCUGUGUACUUGUCUGGGCAACGGCGUCAGCUGCCAGGAGUGGGAGGCCAGGAGCCAAGUGUACAGUGGCAACUCCAACGGGCUGCCCUGUGUUUUCCCAUUUGUUUACAACGGGAAGACCCACUACUCCUGCACCUCAGACGGACGCACAGACGGGCAGCUGUGGUGCUCCACCACCUCCGACUACGAGCGAGACCAGCAGUACUCCUUCUGUACCGAGAAGAACGCCAUCGUGGCCACACGAGGAGGAAACUCCUUUGGCGCCCUUUGCCACUUCCCUUACCUGUACAGCGGCCGCAACUACACCGACUGCACGUCUGACGGCCGCCGUGACAGCAUGAGGUGGUGUGGCACCACCUACAACUAUGAUGCCGACCAACACUAUGGAUUCUGCCCCAUGGCUGCUCAGGAGGAGGUGUGCACCACCAACGACGGCGUCAUGCACCGCGUGGGAGACAAGUGGGACAAGCGCCAUGACGUCAUGGGUCACAUGAUGGAGUGCACGUGCCUGGGCAGUGGCCGCGGCGAGUGGAACUGCGUCGCCCACUCACAGCUGCGAGACCAGUGCAUCGUGGACAGUCUGACCUACGAGGUCAACCAGCAGUUCUCCAAGAGCCACGAUGAAGGCUACAUGAUGAACUGCACCUGCUACGGACAGGGACGUGGACGCUGGAAGUGCGACGCCAUCGAUCAGUGUCAGGAGCCUCAGACCAGAGCCUACUACCAGAUCGGAGAGACCUGGGACAAAAUUAUCCACAGCGUCCAGUACCGCUGUUAUUGCUAUGGCAACGGGAUCGGAGAAAUGAGAUGUGAUCCCCAGCAGACUCAACAAGGCGCCCACCGGCCGGUCCAGGUCAUCAUCACGGAGGCGGGCAAGCAGCCAGACUCCCACCCCAUCCAGUGGGACCCCCCCUCCUCGGUGCACAUCACGCAGUACAUCCUCAAAUGGAAAAUUAAAAAUUCCCGCGGCCCCUGGAGGGAGGCGGUGGUUCCCGGACACCUGAACUCCUACACCAUCAGUGGUCUGCGUCCCGGCGUCACCUACGAGGGUCAGCUGAUCAGCAUCUUGCAGUACGGACAGCGGGAGGUCACGCGCUUCGACUUCACCACCAACCAAGGUUCAUUGGAGACAUCCGAGGGAGAGACCACCCAACUUCCUCCUCUGGUGGACACCUCCGAGUCGGUGACAGAAAUCACCUCCAACAGCUUCGUGGUGUCCUGGACCUCGGCCUCGUCCACCAUCUCCGGCUUCAGGGUGGAGUACGAGCUCAGCGAGCAGGGCGCAAAGCGGAAAGUUCUGGAUGUUCCUCGGACUUCCACUUCCGUCACCAUCGGCGACCUCCUGCCAGGGCGCAGGUACAACGUUAACGUCUACGAGCUGCCAGACGACGGUGACGCCACCCUCAUCCUGUCCACAUCACAGACUACAGCUCCUGACACUCCUGCUCAGCACACCAUUGACGACGUGGGAGAGACGUCAAUCCGCAUCAGAUGGUCCAGACCUGAAGCUCCUAUCACUGGUUACCGUGUGGUGUACGCGCCUUCACUGGAGGGCAGCAGCACGGAGCUCAGCCUGCCCGACUCGGAGACCUCGGUGACCCUGGUUGACCUUUACCCUGGCGUCCUGUACAACAUCAGCAUCUUCGCCGUAGAGGAGAACCAGGAGAGCGAGCCGGUAUUUUUCCAGGUCAGCACAGCUGGAUCUGCUCAACCAGAGGAAGUGGCGUCGCCCACAGACCUGCAGUUCUACGAGGUGACCGACGUGAAGAUCACCAUCACCUGGAACGGCCCCCCCAGCGAGGUGACGGGCUACCGGGUCACCUUCUCCCCCCUGGGUCCGGACGGCACGGAGAUCCGCCCCCUCCAGCUGCCCGUGUCGGCCAACGCCUUCGCCGACAUCACCCACCUGCAGCCCGGCACUCUGUACCGCUUCUACAUCUACGCCGUCAACGGCGGCGUGGAGAGCGAGCCGCUGGUGGGGCAGAUGUCCACCAAACCGGACGCUCCCACCAACGUGCACUUCACUGACAUCGGGCCGGACAGCGCUCUGGUCAUGUGGGAGGCUCCUCACGCGGCGGUGUCGGGGUAUCGCCUCUUCUUGAGCGUGCAGGGCGCCAACCCCGUGGAGAAGAGAAUCCCGGGCGGCGUCACCGAGUACCCUCUGAGGAACCUGCGCCCGGAAACCGAUUACACCGCCGUCCUGCACUCUGAGCUGGACAAUGUGCUGAGUGAGGCCGUCACCACGUACUUCACCACAGCGCCACAAAUGGGAAACGCACCUGCUUUCAGCUCCGAGGUCACUGACACGGCCAUCAUCAUCACCUGGAUACCUGUCCGCAGGUUUAGCUACAAGCUGUCGGUGCUCCCCAGCCAGGAAGGCGAGUCUCCCAAACACAAGACCUCAGACUCCGGACGCGUUUCUGUCACGGGUUUGAUUCCUGGAACACAGUACACCUACAAGGUGCAGCCCAUGUUCAACGGGCGGCCCCGCGGGAACCCAAUCACUCGCAACGCCGUCACUGCUUUGUCCCCGCCCACUGACCUGAGAGUCCAGUCCAACUCUGACACAGGAGAUCUCAUCGUCCACUGGAGCCCCUCCAAGACCCCAGACAUCACCGACUACAAGGUGUCCAGCACGCCCACUAGUGGCCAGAAGGGGAACAGCAUCGAGGAGUUUGUGCGUGCUGACCAGACCUCCUGCAUGCUGGAGAACCUCAACCUGGGCGUGGAGUACAACAUCAGUGUCUACGCCGUCAAGGGCAACCUGGAGAGUGAGCCCGUGUCCACCAUCAUCACCCCAGACAUACGUGCUCCCAGACACAUUGACUUUGUGGACAUUACUGAUACCACCAUGGGUCUGCGCUGGAUCCCCCUCAACUACUCCGCCCUGACGGGCUACCGGAUAACGGUGGCCUCGUCGGGCGAGAGCGUGCCAAUUUUCCAAGACAUGGUGGACGCGUCCGCCGGUUAUUACACCGUCCGUGGUUUGGAGCCCGGCGUGGACUAUGACAUCAGUAUCGCCACGGUUACAGAGGAAGGGGAAAGCGAGCCCACCGUACACACAAAGCAAACUCAAGCGGUCAUUCCAGCGCCCACCAACCUGCACUUUGGAGGGGUGGGCCCCGACCACAUCAGGGUCACAUGGACCGUCCCCCACGUGGCGACCCCCAGCGACAUCUCUCGCUUUGUCCUCCGCUACCACCCUGUGACCCGGGACCAUGACGUCAAGGAGGUCAAUGUGGGCGGAGCCUCCAACACCUUCCUGCUGGAGAACCUUCACCCUGACACGGAGUACCGCAUCAGCGUGGUCUACAUGUACGGCGAGAGAGAGAGUAACCCUGCCUCAGGAACUCAGAGGACCGCUCUGGAUUCCCCUAGCGAUCUGGUCUUCUCCGAGGUCCAGACCAACUCCUUCACCAUCCACUGGCGCCCUCCCACCGCCUCCAUCACGGGGUACCGCGUCCGCCACCAGAGGACCAGCGGCGGGCGGGCCACGGACGAGAGACUUCCUCCCAGCAGGACUCAUUUCACUCUGACGGGCCUGGCACCGGAGACGGAGUACAUCAUCGAGGUGUACGCCGUCAACAACAACCAGGAGAGCGCCCCCGUGACCGCCACUCAGGGCACCAUUUCUGACGCCCCCACGGACCUGGAGGUCAUGUCCGCCACACCCACCACCAUCACCAUCCGCUGGGACGCUCCCUCGGUCGCAGUCAAGCAGUACCGGAUCACCUAUGGAGGAUCAGGCGGCGAGACUCCUCAAGAGUUCAGCAUCCCAGGUACUCAGACCACGGCCACCAUCACUGGUCUGCACCCAGGCACUGACUACACCAUCACGGUCUACGCCGUCACCGGGCGAGGAGAUAGCCCCUCCUCCAACACCCCCGUCUACAUCACACACAAGACCGACAUUGAGGCCCCCGGGAACAUGGACGUGACCGACGUGAGCGACAACGCCAUCACGGUGCGCUGGUCGCCUGCUCGCGGACCCAUCACGGGCUACAGGGUGACGGGGGUCCCCAAGGACGGUCAGGGACCGGCCUACUCCAAGGACGUGUCUCCUGCUCAGACUGAGAUGACCCUCACAGGCCUGAUGCCCACAGUGGAGUACGUGGUCAGCGUGGCAGCACUGGGUGCUGAUGGUCAGCCUUCAUCUGCAGUGGUGGACAACGCCAUCACGGCCAUGGACCGUCCCAAAGACCUGACCUUCUCAGACAUCGACCACAAGUCCAUGGUCAUCUCCUGGGACCGCCCUGAGGGAGCGGUGACAUCAUACCGCGUCUUGUACUCCAGUCCUGAUGAUGGCGAGCAGGAGCUGCGUCCGGCCCCCAGAGGGGACCAGGACAACGUGGCCAUCAAGGGUCUGCGUGCGGGGACAGAGUACACGGUCAAGGUCAUCGCCCUGCACGGUCGCACACCCAGCACACCACUGGUGGGGACUCAGGCCACAGUCAUCCCGUCUCCGAGCAACCUGCUCAUCUCAGAAGUGGGACCGUCCUCCUUCGCCGUGUCAUGGCAAGCCCCCAACGCGCGGCUGACAGGAUACCGCGUGGUCGUUAGCCCCCGCAACAUCAACGCCCCCGCCAAGGAGAUGAACGUUGCUCCCGACACCACGCGGGUGCUGGUGCCCGGCCUCAUGGUGGCCACCGCAUACCAGGUGCGUGUCUACGCUCUGAAGGACUCGGUCACCAGCAGACCACUGGAGGGAGAGACCACCACGCUGGAAGACAUCAGUCCGCCUCGCCGCGUGCGCAUCGUCGAGGUGAAGGGCGACUCUUUCACCCUCAACUGGCGCUCCAAGGGAGACACGCUGACGGGGUUCCUGAUUGAAGCCACGCCCACCUCCAGCUCAAGCCCCGCCAUCGUCAAGACCAUCCCGGCGGACGUUUACACCUACACGGUCUCGGGACUGCAGCCAGGCACCACCUACUCUGUUCACCUGUACACGCUCAAUGGCAACACCAGGAGCGCACCUGUGCCUCUUACUGUUCAAACAGCUAAACCAGCCGUCCAAGCUCCCACCGACUUCCAGGUGACAUCUUUGACUCCCACCGACAUCUCCUUCACCUGGCAACCUCCUGCCACGCCCAUCACGGGCUACUACGUCACCUACUCAGAGCCCAGGGCCACGCCCAGGGAGCUGAAGCCACGCCCCCACGCCGGCCAGAACUACGCCACCAUAUCUGGUCUGAAGCCUGCGACUGAGUACAUCAUCAGGAUUGUGGCCAUCCAGAACACGCAGAGAAGUCCUCCUCUGGUGGGCAGAAUCAGGACUCAACCAGGAUCCUUGCUGCCGGUGCCACUCCCUCAUCGCCCGGGAGACGUGACUGACAGGCUGGACGUGCCAGAACUGGACCUGGGCAACCGGGUCCAUCUGGUGGGCUCCAACGGGCAGGAGGGUGUGGGCGGUCAGAGCCAGCACGUGGAGGAGUACAACAACAACAACAAUGGCGGUCAGGGUCAAUGGCCGCUCGUCUUCCUUCCUCUGCCCGACGCUGACGGCCGCCGCCAACCUUACGUCAAACUCAACGUGCCGCAUGGCCUCACCUUUCCUAACGAGUCACGUCUCCCCCUGGAGGCCCAGACCAGAACCACACUGUCAUGGCAGCCCUACAGUCAGAGCAACGCCUACCUGGUCUCCUGCAACCCCGUCACACACCUGGACGAGCAGAUGUUCCAGGUGCGCCUACCAGGGACCACCACCACCGCCACGCUGGUGGGACUGACCCAGGGCGCCGACUACCAGGUCCUGGUGGAGGCCCUGAAGGGGUCGCUGAAACACAAAGUCCUGGAACAGACCAUCUCUGCUGGGAACACAAUUCCUGACGGACUUCCUUCCACGGUCCCAGACGGACUUCCUGCCACAGACGACGCCUGCUAUGAUACUUUCACCGCCACCUACCAUGAUGUGGGCGCCGAGUGGGAGCGCAUGUCUGAGACCGGCUUCAAGCUGUGGUGCAGAUGUUUGGGUCUGGGCCGAGGUCACUUCCGCUGUGACUCCUCCAGGUGGUGCCAUGACAACGGGCAGAACUACCGCGUGGGAGAAAAGUGGGACCGGCAGGCGGAGAAUGGUCACAUGAUGAGCUGCACGUGCUCGGGGAACGGCAAAGGAGAGUUCAAGUGUGAACCUCACGAGUCAGUUUGCUACGACGAGGGCAAAACCUUCCAGGUGGGCAACCAGUGGCAGAAAGAAUACCUGGGCGCCAUUUGUACCUGCACCUGCCACGGAGGGCAGCAGGGCUGGAGAUGUGAGAAUUGUGUGAGACCUUCUUCUGCUGCUGCUGACACCGGCCUGCUGACACCUGUCCGAUACGGAGGCAGCACACUCAUCAAGAACAUCCAUUGUCCCAUCGAGUGUCUGAGACCUGACCUGCUGGCAAACACCCACGUGGUCCCGGACUCUCGAGAGUGAAGUCCACCCAUCCCCCGCUUCGCUUCUUCCACCACUGCACUGCCUCACCACAACCCUGACCCCUCACCACAACCCAGACCCCUCACCACAACACAAUCAUCCUUCCACGCGUCACCUUCUCCAGCUUCCAGGAGAGAGAAGAAGCCAUUGCAGUUUUUGUCAGAGUUCUUGUGUUCCUGCAAGCAAAAAGGUGACACUAUCCCUUUAAGAAUAAUUUAUCCUUUCUUUUCUGUGUGAAUUGUUUGUGUUUUUGUACUUUGUUGUUCCUGCCAAACUUGUUUCUACUGCACAAAAGUCCAUCCUUGUAAUAAAGUUGGAAAGAUCACCA